AAUGAAAUCAAGGAGUGGUAUUUCCCGACGUCCUAUGAUAUCCACGAAAAUGAAGCAGACCACCUCAUUGGCGAAGCUGAUUCUAAUAAGGUUAGUAAUACAAGGCAAACAAGCUGAGAUUUGGCCUUUCUUAUUAUUUUUUUUAUUUUCAAGUUUUUCUUUACAUCCCACAGAAGAUCUACGUUUUUGGUCCCCCUUUUACUUUGGCUCGUACUCCUAAUAAACGGUAGACGGAGACCUACUACGCCUGCUUGCUUUCUUGUUUGUUUGUUUGUUUGUUUGUUUGUUUGUUUGUUUGUUUUCUUGCUUGCUUGUUUACGUAUUUACUUACCUGCUUACUUCUUCACUUUCUUGCUUGCUUACUUACUUAUUUACUUACUUGCCUCCUUGCUUGCGUGCUUGUCUACUAGCUUGCUUUCUUGCUUACUUCCUCACUUACCUGCUUGCUUACAUACCUGCUUUCUUGCUUACGUAGUAACGUAACCACAGCAUUUGCAAAUGCAAUAUUUAUACAUGUCGUGCACCAAUCCGCAGUUGGGGACACAAGCCGCUAAAUUAUACUAACUGGGACUGGUUGAAUAAUCUUUAAUUAUUCAUUUAGGACAAAGUACUCACAAGAGAGGAAAUUUUAGACAACUUUGACGUCUUCGUUGGCAGUAGAGCCACUCACUGGGGUGAAACAUUGAAAAGAAAUGUUGAAGAACUUUAA